AUGGGCAUCGGAUUAAUUCAUGCAAAGCAAAAGCUGCAACAAACCUUAUCGGCGAGAAUCGGGGACGCAUUGGCAACGACAGCAAAUGUUCCGAAAGGCCAUGUCGCGGUUUACGUCGGAGACUGCAACAAGAAAAGAUUUGUGAUCCCAAUAUCUUUCUUGAACCAUCCACUGUUCCGAGACUUGUUGGAUCGAGCCGAGGAAGACUUCGGGUUCAACCAUCCGAUGGGAGGCCUCACAAUUCCAUGCAGUGAAGUGUAUUUCGUCAGAAUUACUACAGUCUUAAACAGUGCAAAUAGAUGAAGCAGCAGCACUGCAACAACCUAUGAAGCAGUGUCUUGUUCUCUGGUUCAGACGAAUCCAAUCCCAUUUAAUCAACUCUAGUUUUGUAUAUUAAACCGUUGGCACAAACAUGUC